GAGCAAUCAAUCCCAAAACAAAACAUUGCCUCCUUUUUCAUUUUCACAUUUUUUCUACUCUCUUUCAAUUUUCAAAACAAAAAGAAUCCUUCUUUUCCCUUUAAAUUAUUCCUUUGUUUUCUUGCUUUAAUCCCUUUUUCUAGAUGAAGACAAUCAUGGCUAAAACCCCUCAAGACUCCUCCUUCUCCUUCUCCCGCAGAUACUUCCACUGGAAAAACAAAGACGACGAAAUGCAAGAAAUCCUCAACUUCACCUCCAAAUCGGAAGACCUCAAGACCUUCCCAAAUUCCACCAGGGCCCGGAAAAAGAUAUCCGUCCUGGCCAUCUCCAAGCUGCGGGCCGCCCUCGCGCUGGGCCGGGACCGCUCGCCUUUCUCGUCGGGCCGGGUCGUGGGCACCCUCUUCGGGCAGCGGCGCGGCCACGUCCGCUUCGCGUUCCAGGAGGAUUUCAAGGCGGCGCCGGCCUUCCUGGUGGAGCUGGCCACGCCGACGAGCGCGCUCGUGAAGGAGAUGGCAUCCGGGCUCGUCAGGGUCGCGCUGGAGUGCGAGAAGCGGGCCGAGAAGAAGGGGGCGAAGCUUCUGGAAGAGCCCGUUUGGCGCACCUACUGCAACGGGAAGAAGUGCGGCUACGCGAUGCGGCGCGAGUGCGGCCCGGAGGAGUGGAAGGUGCUGAACGCCGUGGGGCCCAUCUCCAUGGGCGCCGGCGUCAUCCCCGGCGACGGCGAGAUGAUGUAUAUGAGGGCCAAAUUCGAGAGGGUUGUGGGGUCCAAGGAUUCGGAGGCUUUCUACAUGAUGAAUCCGGAUGGAAAUGGAGGUCCAGAGCUGAGCAUUUACUUGCUCAGAGUUUGAAGAUCGAAUUGGGGGAAAAUGCAGUUUCUUAAUUUGUUGCAUUAGUAGUUUAAUUGGAGUGGGUGGUGGUGGUGGUGGUGGUGGAGGUAUAAUUAGGUAAAGAUAGUAAAGAAUUGAGCGGUGGGAAUGGUAUAGUUUGUUAAUAUGUUGGGGUUUUACUGCUUAUUUAAGAUUAUGAUUUGCAGUAAUUUGUUCUUUGUUUGGUAUUUUAGUUGAGUAAUUUUACCGAA